AUGAUCUCGCUCACCGACAUCCUCGUGUCUGGGCUGCUCCUGUGCAAUGCCGCCGCGGUGCUCAACGAGGAGCGCUUUCUCGUCCGAAUCGGCUGGGGCUAUGAGCAGAGCAUGCAGGGACCCACAGGGAUGAAGAAGCAGAUAAUAACGUUGCUGCACGCAGCACGCGUGCUCCUCACCAUCCCGCUCAUGGGUCUCAACCUCGUCGUCAUCGUUCUCAAGCUCCUAAUGGGCUGA